UGGUCUAAAGGGGUUGACGACGCCAUUGACACCCACUUAAAAAAAAAUAUAAUUACCAGAAAUAUCCCAAAGACAAUGAUCGUCUUGAAUUUUCAUCCUGAAUUGGAAGCAAUUUUAAGAGAAGUUCAUUAUUUGCAAUUGGAUGAAAAAGAAGGUAUUCCGGAAUCCGGUAUGAAUAUUUAUGCAAAGCGUGAUCAGUAUAGAGAAUACACUGUCCAAUUAAACAUUAUAAUACAAUGGUAUAAUAAAAUGAGAAGAGAUAGUCGGUUAGUUGAAUUUGAUCUUAUACAGGAGAAAAUUGAUCAAAUUGAUGAAUUAAUAAGAGAAGCCGAGUUCAAUUUAACAUGGCUCUCUUCAGAGCUUUUAGAGUAUAUUGCAAAGUUACACGAGGUAGUAAGAGGUGUUCAGGGGCCGUUGAGCCAAACUCAAGCCAAUGUGCAGACGAUGAGAAACCUGUUGGAGAAAUGGGCAAAACAUCCUCUUUUUAUGCGCUCAUCCCCUGAAACGAAAGAAGGCCUAUUAGCUAUAGAUGAUAAACAAGAAAAAAUAGAAAAAAGAUAUAGCGAAAUACAAGAAGUUGGCAAAGAGAUACACCAAUUGCUAAAUGAGAAUAAGGAGCUUUUCGGCAUGGUAGGUAAAGAAGACACAGAAAGGUGGAAUAUGUACAUUAAUUACAUUGAUCUCAUCGUAAGUGAUUCACUCCUCACGACAAUAGGAUGCAGUUUGGGCUACAUAACUGAAAAUAUGGACGCGGAUAGCCACCUUCCUCCUCUGCUUGGAGUUAAGUUAAUUUUAAAUGAAAGUGAAUUGAUACUGAGUUGUGAACCACCUUUGGACACAUCGGUGGAUGGGUGCUUUACUCAUAUAAUGGAAGGCUUAAUUGUAGACAUUAUCAAUAUGGCAACUCUUGUACCCAGAAUUUCAAGAAAUGGUCAUCCACAUUACUUGGAAGAUAUUGAGAACAAUGAAGAUAUGAAGGAAAUGAAAAAAGAAAUUAUGCAGAGCGUAACAUCUGCUGUAGAAGAGGUUAUGGAUAACUGUACUGGAUUCGAAGUUUAUAAUAAUUUGUGGCUCGAUGAUCGGCAAUCCUACAUGCAGCAGUUUUUAGCAUACGGCAGACAAUUAACUUUAGAGGAGCUUGAAAUGAAUAUUACUCCAGAAGAUGCACAAGCGCCUACAAUGGAACAAUUCAAACAACAGAUAGACAGCUUUGAGGGUUUGUACUCUGAAGUUGAAAAAUUAAAGAGUGUAGAAAUAUUUUACAAGUGGUUCCAGUUGGAUAUUCAACCUUUCAAAAUGACACUUUUAAACAUUAUAUCAAAAUGGUCUUUUAUGUUUAAACAAUACUUGCUCGAGCAUGUUACAAACAGUUUGUGGGAGCUGGCAAAGUUUAUACAGAACGCAGAUGAAGGGUUGAAUCAGACUGUCGCAGAAGGCGAUUACGAAGCGUUGGUUAGCAUCAUGGGUUACCUGUUGCAAGUUAAAGAAAGACAACCAACAACAGACGAAAUGUUUGGCCCGUUACAAGACACAAUCCAAUUGUUGAAAACGUACGAAAUGGAGCUGCCGCAAGAAGCUAAUGUCUUGUUACAAGAAUUACCAGAGCAAUGGAACAACACGAAGAAACUAGCGUCUAACAUCAAACAGGCUGUAUCUCCCCUUCAAGCUGCAGAGGUCGUAUCCAUCAGGAAGAAAAUCACCUGGUUCGACAUCAGGCAGAGCAGACUACGAGAAACAUUUAAAAAAUCAAAAUUUCUACAGUACGACUGUGAAGACCCUUAUCAAUAUUUGGAUGAAACUCAUUUAGUAAUUCUUGAGCAUGAGAAAGAAAUGAUAGCUCUACAAGAGUCAGCAUCACUGUUUGAGUUGAAUAUUCCUGAAUUCAAAUAUCUAAAACAGUGUAGAAAAGAACUGCGAAUGCUUAAGCAAUUAUGGGAUUAUGUAUACAUAGUUCGUACAUGCAUUGCUGACUGGAAAACGACACCGUGGAGAGAUGUGGAUGUUGAAAAUAUGGACAUUGAGUGUAAAAAGUUCGCUAAAGACAUCAGAGCACUGGACAAAGAGAUGAAAAACUGGGAUACAUAUACAACAUUAGAAGCAACUGUUAAAAACAUGCUUACAUCGCUGAGAGCUGUAGGAGAACUUCAAAACGCUGCUAUUAGAGAAAGACACUGGCAUCAGUUGAUAAAGCAAACGAAAAAUAUUGUUGCGCUUCCACCAAACUUCACUGUUCAAUUUGUGAUGGACACGGAGACUACAUUGGCCGAUUUGCUUGCACUGAACCUUCAUGAAUGUGAAGACGAAGUCAAGAAUAUCGUCGAUAAGGCUGUUAAAGAGAUGUCAAUGGAGAAAAUGUUGAGGGAGCUCGGGGUUACUUGGUCAGCGAUGGAGUUGGAACAGGAACCGCAUCCGAGGACAGGAUGCAUUCUUCUUAGAGCAAGUGAACAACUCAUCGAAACUCUCGAGGAAAACCAAGUACAGCUGCAAAAUUUGAUAACGUCCAAAUUCAUCGCACACUUUUUGGAAGAAGUUUCAAGCUGGCAGAGCAAACUUUCGCUCGCUGAUCAAGUAAUAACGGUUUGGUUUGAGGUGCAAAGGACUUGGACCCAUCUCGAAUCGAUAUUCAUGAGCUCUGAAGAUAUUAAAAAACAACUACCACAAGAUUCAGAACGCUUUUGUAAUAUUGAUUCAAAAUUUAAGGGUUUAUUAGAAGAAAUGGCAAAAAUUCCAAAUGUUUUAGAAGCUACAAACAGGCCGAAUUUAUUAUCUGAACUUGAAUUACUACAAGUCGAGCUUACACUAUGUGAAAAAGCACUGGCUCAAUACUUAGAAACAAAACGUCUGAAAUUCCCAAGAUUUUAUUUUGUAAGCUCGGCUGACCUGUUAGACAUACUAUCAAAUGGAAACCAUCCAAGAUCAGUCUGCAGGCACAUGAUCAAACUGUUCGAUUCCAUUGCCUCAUUGAAGUUUAUAGUAGAAAAAGAAGGUGAACCCAAAAAUGCUCUAGGAAUGCAUGCCAAGGAUGGGGAAUACGUUGAAUUUGAUGGAAAUUGUGAUUGCACAGGCCCGGUUGAAAACUGGCUGAACCGAGUGCAGAAAUCGAUGAGAGAUUCAAUAAGGCAUUAUUUCGCUGAGGCUGUCAUGACCUAUGAAGAAAAACCAAGAGAUCAAUGGCUAUUCGACUACCCGGCUCAAGUGUCACUCUGCGCUACGCAAAUUUGGUGGACGUCUGAAGUGAAUAUGGCUUUUGCAAGACUUGAAGAGGGUUACGAUAAUGCUAUGAGAGAUUAUUAUAAAAAACAGAUUUUUCAAUUGAGCACUCUUAUAUCGUUAUUACUCGGAGAACUAACAAAGCAAGACAGACAAAAAAUCAUGACUAUUUGCACAAUUGAUGUACAUUCGAGGGACGUUGUUGCUAAGUUAAUACAAUCGAAGGUUGAUACUUCAGCAGCUUUCCAAUGGCAAUCUCAAUUAAGACAUAGAUGGGAUGACAAAGAAGCAGAUUGUUUUGCCAAUAUAUGCGACGCUCAAUUUCGUUAUUGUCAUGAAUAUCUUGGAAAUACGCCUAGAUUAGUCAUAACACCAUUGACCGAUAGAUGCUACAUUACUUUAACCCAAUCAUUGCAUUUGGUCAUGGGAGGAGGACCUGCAGGACCGGCUGGCACAGGGAAAACAGAAACUACAAAAGAUCUCGGCAGGGCCCUUGGCAUAAUGGUCUAUGUCUUUAACUGUUCUGAACAAAUGGAUUAUAAAUCAUGCGGGAAUAUUUACAAAGGUCUAGCUCAGACCGGUUCCUGGGGAUGUUUCGACGAAUUCAAUAGGAUCUCUGUAGAAGUUUUAUCUGUAGUUGCAGUUCAAGUGAAAUCACUGCAAGAUGCUAUAAGAGAAAAGAAAGAUACUUUUAAUUUCAUGGGUGAAAUAAUAUCAAUGGUCCCUACAGUUGGACUUUUUAUUACUAUGAAUCCAGGGUAUGCUGGGAGGACUGAACUUCCAGAAAAUUUGAAAGCACUCUUUAGACCGUGUGCUAUGGUAGUGCCAGAUUUUGAACUUAUCUGUGAAAUAAUGUUAGUAGCAGAAGGUUUUCAAGAGGCUAAAAUAUUGGCACGGAAAUUCAUAACACUGUAUACUUUAUGUAAAGAACUCCUGUCAAAGCAGGAUCACUAUGAUUGGGGUUUAAGAGCGAUCAAAUCUGUUCUUGUAGUCGCAGGAUCCCUCAAGCGAGGGGACCCUGGGCGGCCAGAAGAAGAAGUCCUAAUGAGAGCGUUGAGGGAUUUCAAUACACCAAAAAUAGUAACAGAUGAUGUCCCAGUUUUUAUGGGUUUAAUCGGUGACCUUUUUCCUGCGUUGGACGUCCCUCGAAAAAGAAAUAUUGAGUUUGAACAUACCGUCAAACAGGCAGCGAUGGAUUUAUUUCUCCAGCCUGAAGACAAUUUUAUUUUAAAGGUCGUACAACUUGAAGAAUUGCUGGAAGUCAGGCAUUCAGUGUUUGUCGUGGGGAAUGCUGGCACUUCGAAAACUGAAGUAUGGAGGACGUUGUUUAAAACGUACCAAAAUAUGAGGAGGAAACCAAUGUACAACGACUUGAACCCAAAAGCUGUAACAAACGAUGAACUUUUUGGAAUCAUUAAUCCUGCCACGCGAGAAUGGAAAGAUGGACUUUUCUCAAAUUUAAUGAGAGAGCAAGCCAACAUAACCAAUGAUCAACCAAAAUGGAUCAUACUCGAUGGCGACAUUGAUCCUAUGUGGAUUGAAUCCUUGAAUACUGUUAUGGAUGAUAAUAAGGUGCUGACACUUGCUAGCAAUGAAAGAAUCGCAUUAACUCCUUCAAUGAGACUUCUAUUUGAAAUAUCAAAUCUGAAAACUGCUACCCCAGCAACUGUCUCCCGUGCAGGUAUUCUGUAUAUAAAUCCUCAAGAUUUAGGUUGGAACCCAUAUGUGACAAGUUGGAUUGAGACAAGAGAAAGCAAUGUUGAGAAAGCGACACUAAUGACAUUAUUUGAUAAAUACAUCCCGUUAUGCCUCGAUGGCAUGAAGUCCAGAUUCAAAAAAAUCAUCCCCAUCACGGAAAUGUCUCAGAUUGCUCUGCUCUGCCACUUAUUAGCAUGCUUACUCGUACCUGCAAACACUCCUGCCGAAUGUCCAAAAGAGUGGUACGAUUUAUAUUUCGCUUUUGCCUGCGUUUGGGCAUUUGGUUCUGCACUUUACCAAGAUCAGGCGAUAGAUCAUAGGAUUGAAUUUUCCAAGUGGUGGGUGAAUGAAUUUAAAACGGUCAAAUUUCCCUCGGCUGGAACUGUUUUCGAUUAUUAUAUAGAUAGCGAAACAAAAGAAUUUGUCCCUUGGAGUGAAAAAGUCCCUCGAUUUGAGCUCGAUCCUGAUAUGCCUCUCCAAGCACUUCUGGUAUAUUCAGCCGAAUCAAUCAGAGUGAGAUAUUUUGUCGAUCUCCUCAUGGCAAAUAAUCACCCAGUCAUGUUAGUCGGAAAUGCAGGAGUUGGAAAAACAGUUUUAAUAGCAGAUAAAAUAUCCCAGCUGCCUGAAUCCUACGGAGUUACUAACGUACCAUUUAAUUUCUACACAAGCUCCGAAAUGCUUCAGAAGAUAUUGGAAAGGCCUCUUGAGAAAAAGGCGGGUAGAAAUUAUGGCCCACCAGGCAAUAAAACCAUGAUAUAUUUUUUAGAUGACAUGAACAUGCCUCAGGUUGAUCCUUAUGGAACUGUUGAGCCUCACACAUUGAUAAGGCAGCAUUUAGAUUAUGGCCAUUGGUACGAUAGAAACAAACUUACAUUAAAGGACAUAAAUAAUUGUCAGUAUGUAGCCUGCAUGAACCCAACGGCUGGAAGUUUCACAAUCAACCCAAGGCUUCAAAGGCAUUUUUAUGUUUUUACCAUAAGCUUUCCGACAACUGAUACCCUGCUUAGUAUUUAUUCGUCGAUUCUAAGUCAACAUUUUGCCAAUCCUGAACACAAAUUUCCACAAAUUGUCACAAGACUUUGCUUCAAUGUUGUGACCUCGACUAUAGCGCUUCAUCAUAAAGUCUUGCAGUUAUUUUUACCAACGGCAGCCAAAUUUCAUUACAUUUUCAACUUACGUGAUAUAUCAAAUGUUUUUCAGGGUUUAUUAUUUAGCACAACUGAUUGCCUGACGCAACCUAUCGAUUUAAUUAGACUAUGGAUGCAUGAGUCUCACAGAGUGUAUGGAGAUAAACUUAUUGAUGACAAGGAUGUCGAUGCUUUUAACAAAAUUCAAAUUGAUAUAAUCAAGAAAAAUUUCGACGAAGUUGAUGAGAGUGCAUUGCUGGAGAAACCCAACAUUUAUUGCCAUUUCGCCCAUGGAAUAGGGGAACCAAAAUAUAUGGCAGUAACGGUUUGGUCACAGUUGACAACACUACUCCAGGAAGCUUUGCUAUCUUAUAAUGAUUUAAUUGCCGCCAUGAAUUUAGUAUUGUUUGAAGAUGCUAUGAUGCAUGUUUGCAGAAUCAACAGGAUUUUAGAAUCUCCUCGUGGGAGUGCUUUACUCGUCGGAGUAGGUGGUAGUGGAAAACAAUCACUGUCAAGACUGGCAGCGUACAUUUCAAGUUUAGAAGUUGCACAGAUUCAAUUGCGUAAAGGCUAUGGAGUUUUAGAUCUCAAAAUUGAACUCUCUAGUUUAUAUAUGAAGUCAGGACUUAAAAAUCUUGGUAUAAUGUUCCUAAUGACAGAUGCACAGGUUGCUAACGAGGAUUUUCUAGUUUUGAUAAAUGAUAUGCUGGCCUCAGGAGAAAUUCCAGAACUUUUUCCUGAUGAUGAAGUUGAAAAUAUCAUCGCCGGAGUCAGAAAUGAAGUAAAAGGAGCAGGAAUGCUGGAUACGAAAGACAACUGCUGGAAAUUUUUUAUAGAUAGAGUUAGGAGACAGUUGAAAGUAGUGUUGUGUUUUUCUCCAGUCGGUUCUACUUUAAGAAUAAGAGCUAGAAAGUUCCCAGCGUUGAUUAAUGCCAGUGCGAUAAACUGGUUUCAUGAAUGGCCUCAACAAGCACUGAUUUCUGUGUCUAUGAAUUUCCUUAAUAAGCUUGAUGUUCUUCCAGAUAUGUAUUGCAGUUCAGUAGCGCAGUUCAUGGCGCAUGUUCAUGCCCAGGUUAACUCAAUGUCGAGACUUUAUUUGAUAAAUGAGCGAAGAUAUAACUACACAACUCCGAAAUCAUUUUUAGAACAAAUCGCACUUUAUUCAAAACUCUUAAUACAAAAAAGUAAAGAUCUAACAGGGAAGAUUGACAGGCUUCAAAAUGGUUUAGAAAAACUGAAAAGGACGGCAAAACAGGUUGACGAUUUGAAAGCAACACUAGCAAUACAAGAAGUAGAACUCAAAGUUAAAAACGAAGCUGCUGAUAGGCUCAUUGAAAUAGUUGGUGUUGAAACUGAAAAAGUAUCCACUGAAAAAGCAAUGGCCGAUGCUGAAGAGAGGAAAGUUGGUAUUAUUGCUCAAGAAGUCUCCAAAAAGCAACAGGAUUGUGAAGAAGAUUUAAGAAAAGCAGAACCAGCACUACUGGCAGCUCAGGAAGCUUUAAAUACUCUCAACAAAGCUAAUUUGACGGAAUUGAAGUCAUUUGGCUCGCCCCCCGGAGCGGUUACGAACGUGACAGCUGCUGUCAUGGUACUUUUAGCGCCGAAUGGAAAAAUUCCAAAAGAUCGAAGCUGGAAAUCGGCUAAGGUAAUGAUGGCAAAAGUAGACUAUUUCCUUGAUUGUUUAAUAAAUUAUGAUAAAGAAAAUAUUCAUCCUGAAAUCAUAAAAGCCAUUCAACCUUAUUUAAAAGAUUCUGAGUUUGAGCCAGAAUUUGUUAGGAGUAAAUCUGCAGCUGCUGCUGGAUUAUGUGCUUGGGUCAUAAACAUAAUUAAGUUCUUCGAAGUAUUUUGUGAUGUUGAACCGAAACGAAAAGCUCUAGAACAAGCAAAUGCCGAUUUAGCCCACGCUCAAGAAAAGUUGGCAAUAAUUAAAUCCAAAGUCAAUUCUUUAGAGGAACAAUUGAGCCAGUUGACAAGAGAUUUUGAGCAAGCAACUGCAGAAAAACUAAAAUGUCAGCAAGAAGCAGAUGCUACUACUCAAACAAUCACCCUCGCUAAUAGGCUGAUUGGUGGUCUAGCAUCAGAAAACGUUAGAUGGGCUGAGGCAGUCGCUAGCUUUAUGAAACAAGGGACAACUCUUCCUGGUGAUGUUUUGUUAGUAACAGCUUUUGUGUCUUAUGUAGGGUGUUUUACUAAGCAAUACCGUUUAGACCUCUUACACAAGAUGUGGCUUCCAAUAUUAAAAACAAUUGAGCCGGCUGUCCCAAUUACUGAUGGUUUAGAUCCGCUUUCACUGCUAACAGAUGAUGCCCAGAUUGCUACAUGGAACAAUGAAGGACUUCCAAGUGACAGAAUGUCAACAGAAAAUGCUACUAUUUUGUCUAAUACAGAUCGUUGGCCUUUAAUGAUCGACCCGCAGCUUCAAGGUCUUAAAUGGAUAAAGCAUAAAUAUGGAAAAAAUAUCAUCGUACUACGAGUAGGGCAAAAAGGAUACUUAGAAGCUUUGGAGAAUGCUUUAAGGUGUGGAGAUACAGUGCUUUUAGAAAAUAUUGAAGAAAGUUUGGACCCAGUUCUUGAUCCUCUACUUGGAAGGAACCUGAUCAAGAAGGGAAAAGCUAUAAAAAUUGGAGACAAAGAGGUUGAAUUCCAUUCCAACUUUCGUUUAAUUCUACACACAAAACUUGCCAAUCCUCAUUACAAGCCUGAAAUGCAGGCUCAGACGACACUUAUAAACUUUACUGUCACACGUGAUGGUCUAGAAGAUCAAUUGCUGGCAGAAGUUGUUAAAGCGGAAAGACCAGAUCUGGAACAAUUAAAAGCUGAGUUAACAAAGCAGCAAAACGACUUUAAAAUUAUGCUUAAAAAUUUGGAGGAUGAUCUACUUUCAAGGCUCUCUUCAGCCGGAGGCAAUCUGCUUGGGGAUACAGCUUUAGUUGAAAAUUUAGAAACUACGAAGCGGACCGCUGCUGAAAUUGAAAUAAAAGUUGCAGAAGCCAAAAUUACAUCGGUGAAAAUUGAUCAAGCUAGAGAGCAUUACAGAUCUGCUGCAACCAGAGCCUCGCUUCUUUAUUUUAUUUUGAAUGAAUUGAAUACAAUUAAUCCCAUUUAUCAAUUUUCUCUCAAAGCGUUUAGUGUUGUUUUUCACAAUGCCAUAGAAAGAGCAGUUCCAAACAUAGACGUUCAAGCAAGAGUAGAAAAUCUGAUAGAUUGCAUAACAUAUUCCGUCUUUAUGUAUACAUCUCGAGGUCUUUUCGAAUGUGACAAGCUUAUAUUCAUAUCUCAGAUGACGUUUCAAAUUUUACUCAAAAACAGUGAGAUUUCGCCUGCUGAAUUAGAUUUUCUUUUACGAUUCCCGAUCACACCGCACGUCACCAGCCCUGUGGAUUUCUUGUCCAAUACAAGUUGGGGAGGAAUACGGAGUUUAUCGGCAAGAGAUGAAUUCAGGAACCUUGACAGAGACAUUGAAAGUUCAACUAAGAGAUGGAAGAAGCUAGUCGAAUCAGAAUGUCCAGAAAGAGAGAAAUUACCACAAGAAUGGAAAAACAAGACAGCAAUUCAAAGAUUGUGUAUGAUGAGAGCAUUGCGACCUGACAGAAUGACAUAUGCUAUUAAAGCAUUUAUUGAGGAGAAAUUAGGGCCUAAAUAUGUGGAAGCAAGAAGCGUCGAUUUUGCAAAAUCUUUUGAAGAAUCUAGUUCAAGCACACCGAUAUUUUUCAUCCUUUCACCAGGCGUUAAUCCACUCAAAGAUGUAGAACAACUCGGAAAGCAGCUUGGGUUUACAAUAGACAAGGGAAACUUCCAUAAUAUUUCUCUUGGUCAGGGGCAAGAAAUUGUGGCCGAAGAAGCGAUGGAAAAAGCAGCUGUCGAGGGUCAAUGGGUCAUUCUUCAGAAUGUCCACUUGGUUAAAAAUUGGCUACCAUCGUUAGAAAAGAAACUGGAAUAUCACAGUGCUGGAGCUCACAGUGAUUUCAGAACGUUUAUGUCAGCAGAGCCUGCAGCCACCGCAGCAGCUCACAGUAUCCCUCAGGGAAUUUUGGAAUCAUCUAUUAAGAUCACAAAUGAAUCACCAACAGGAAUGCAAGCCAAUAUCCACAAAGCUUUGGAUAAUUUCACGCAAGAAACGCUCGAACAAUGUUCCAAAGAAGCUGAAUUCAAGGCAAUUUUAUUUUUGCUCUGUUACUUCCAUGCAGUCGUAGCUGAAAGGCGAAAAUUCGGCCCUCAAGGGUGGAACAGAGUUUACCCGUUUAAUGUUGGUGACUUAAACAUAAGUGUAAGUGUACUUUACAACUAUCUUGAAGCAAAUUCAAAAGUCCCCUGGGAAGAUUUGAGAUAUCUUUUUGGAGAAAUUAUGUAUGGAGGGCACAUCACUGAUGACUGGGAUAGAAGGUUGUGCAUAACUUAUUUGGAGGAAUUUAUGCAGUCUGAAUUGGUUGAUGGUGAACUACAACUAGCACCAGGAUUUGCAGCACCUCCUAACUUAGAUUAUGCAGGAUAUCACAUAUAUAUUGAUGAAGCUAUGCCACCUGAAAGUCCCUAUCUGUACGGGCUGCAUCCAAAUGCAGAGAUUGGAUUUUUAACAACGACUUCAGAAAAGCUCUUCAGAACAGUUUUUGAAAUGCAGCCGAGGGAGACUUCAACAUCUGGAGGAACCACUGUUACCAGAGAGGAUAAGGUUAAGCAAAUUAUCGACGAGAUCAUGGAGAAAUUGCCUGAAGAAUUUAAUAUGGUAGAAAUAAUGGGAAAAGUCGAGGAGAGAACUCCGUAUGUCAUAGUCGCUUUCCAAGAAUGUCAAAGGAUGAAUGCACUGACCGGCGAAAUGAAAAGAUCUUUGAAAGAGCUUGAUCUAGGUUUAAAGGGUGAAUUGACUAUAACAAACGAUAUGGAAGAUUUAGAAAGUUCGCUAUUCCUUGAUCAAGUUCCAAACAUCUGGACGUCAAAGGCCUACCCAUCGCUUCUCGGACUGACAGCCUGGUUUGCAGACCUACUCUUGAGACUUAGAGAACUUGAAACUUGGUCAACAGAUUUUGUUCUACCACCGUCAGUUUGGCUCUCGGGAUUUUUCAAUCCGCAAUCAUUUUUGACAGCAAUUAUGCAAAGUACUGCACGAAAGAGUGAACUGCCCCUUGACAAAAUGUGCUUGCAGUGUGAUGUAACAAAAAAACAGAAAGAAGAGUUUGUAACUUCACCCAGAGAAGGAGCUUAUGUUCACGGGCUUUACAUGGAAGGUGGCCGGUGGGAUUCUCUACAAGGUGUCAUCAUGGAAUCAAAACUUAAGGAACUAUUCCCAGUUAUGCCUGUUAUAAAUAUAAGGGUAAGGUAUCGAAAAACUCAUUCACAAUAGAAAAUAGUUUGUCAGUCUCUUAGUGUAAAAUUUAUUUUGUAAUAAAACAAAGAAUGCAUAACAAACAUAAAAAUCACAUUUUUUCUUUUUUUUAAACAUAAUACUGAAAUAUUUGCUUUCUGUGUACUAAAAAAUAAAUAAAUUUUACAAAUAUUUUUAAAAAACAUUCCCACAAUUAAAAGAAAUAUGAUGAAUCAUCAUUGAAGAAAAAAUCAUUAUUAAUAAAUUGUUAUACUAAUUUAAUUUAUAACAAUUAAUAAGGCAGUGUAAUUUAAUUCUGUCGAUUUUUGUGUGAUGUGCUCAGUAAUGCCUUGCAAUAUUAAAGCAAUCGUUGAAAUCACAAAAUAAAAAAAUUAAUUACAUUAAUUUGUUAUCUAAUAAAGCAUGUUACUUUUAUUAGGUAAACUUCUAAUUGUAACUG